UAUUGAGGCUGUCUGCUGCUUUGCAGAGGGAGGGGCUGCUGCUAUAUUGACUUAUAUACUAGAAGCUGUAUAACUCUGGCUGUUCUACACGGGAAAGGAGUGUCCUCGCUGAGAUAGUCAAAGACAUCAGGCAUGGGCAGCACAGCGGAGGAGGAGGCCAGAUGUUUCCUGUCGAGGUUCGUGGAGGAGUUCCCUGUUCCCGUGGGCCCUGGGGUCGCCCUGCCCCUCGCCCCCCCCAGCCGACCCCCCACCCUGGAUGAGCUGAGGGGGGACAGUCUGGACCUGGGCCUGCGCCUGCUGGCUGCCAGGAAGGCCCCGGGGUCGCUGGCUGCUGCCCUGUGUGAGGCUGCCCUGUCAGAGCUCCUGAAGAGUGACCUUUCACCUCUCCACUGCCCCCAAGAUGCCCAGCAGCAGGACGGAGAACAGGAAGUAUUAUUGCUCCAUUCGGAGCCUGUCCAGCGUCUGUUCUUCAACAAGCUGCGGGAGGUGGGUGUGGCCUGGCACCAACAUCUCCCCGCCCACCCCGAAGCCCCGCCCCUCGUCCCACUGUGCUCCGCUCACGCCAUCAGGAACUCCCGCAGGAAGAUGGAGGACCGCCAUGUGGCGCUCGCCCACUUCAACCAGCUCCUCGGCCUUCAGGAUGGGACGUCUCGCCAGUACUACGCUGUGUUCGACGGGCACGGGGGCGUGGACGCAGCCAACUACGCUGCCACCCACCUGCACGUGCUGCUGGGCCAGCAGGGGGCGCUGGCCUCGGACCCAGACACUGCCUUCAAGGAGGCCUUCACACGCACAGACCACAUGUUCAGAGGCAAAGCCAGGAGGGAGCGUCUGCGUAGCGGCAGUACGGGCGUGGCCGUGCUCCUGCAGGGCGGGGCUCUGACGGUGGCCUGGCUGGGUGACUCUCAGGCCCUGCUGGUGAGGGGGGGGCAGGCUGUCCCGCUCAUGGAGCCACACAAGCCUGAGAGAGAGGACGAGAGAGAGAGGAUCGAGGGUCUGGGCGGCUGCAUCACCUUCAUGGGCUGCUGGCGUGUCAACGGCACAUACGCCGUCUCCAGGGCCAUCGGGGACUUUGACCAGAAGCCGUACGUGUCCGGAGACGCUGACUGCUCGUCCACACAGCUGACCGGCGACGAGGACUAUGUUCUCCUGGCGUGCGAUGGCUUUUUUGACACCGUGAGUUCAGAAGAAGUCCCGCAACUGGUCCUUGGGGCGCUCCGCAAGCACAGGGAGCCCCUGGAGGGGGAGGAGCCUCGGGGGGAGGGGGAGGAGCCUCAGGGAGAGGAGCCUCUGGGCCUGUUGGGUGAGGACGUAGCCCGGCAGCUGGUGGCUCAUGCCAAGGCUGCUGGCUCCAGUGACAACAUCACCGUCAUGGUGGUGUUCCUGCGCUCGCCUGAACUGCUGCUGGUGGGAGGGGCCAAAGACUCCAACUCCCAGGAUGCACAGGGGCAGUGAGUCAGGAAGACCACUAACCUAUCAGCAUAAAGGGAAUGGAAAACUAAAACGGGAGGUUGUGUAUGAUGUGCUGGUGCCAAACUACUGAUACGCAAAAAAUGUAAGUUGUGCUACAUGUGGACAACUAACAGACUACUGAAGCUAAUAUCAUGGUAAAACUAAACUUAACACAACCUAUUUUUAUUGUAACACCUUCAAUGAUGCAUGAAAAACUGAUCAGAUUUGACCACUGUUAAUAACAGGACGUUGGCAGUUUUAUCACUGGCCUUCUGCCUUUUCCAUUUUUCUCUUUUUUCUCACUGUUACAAACAAAUAGCCAUCUCUGUGCCAUAUCCUCCAGUUGCUGAAGAAACAAUUUAAUGAGCUGAAAGAGAAGCUCUCGGUUUUGUGUUAUGAUUCUUUAACAAUCACAGCUAUGGGGUCUCUUAACCACAUUGUGUUUCCCAACAUGUGACCUCACAUUCGUAGGUGCCAUAAAGAAAUGUUGUUAUUCAUGUCUCAAACCUGGCAUCACAAAGGCCUGCAGAACCGGGCCUGUAGCUAGCGGCAGAGCCGGACCUGUAGCUAGCGGCAGAGCCGGACCUGUAGCUAGCGGCAGAGCCGGGCCUGGAGCUAGCUUCAGAGCCGGACCUGUAGCUAGCGGCAGAGCCGGGCCUGUAGCUAGCACGCAGGAACUGUGCAUUAGUGUUGUUGAUCGUCUCAUGCUCCUCUCCCACAAACCCACAGAGCAGAAUCGGUGUUAUAAAAUGUCUGCUCUAUGAUUGGUUGGAGACGGCGUUCCAAGAUGGUGCUCGUCUUGUGCUCAGCCUUUAGGAUGGUUCACUUGGUGCAAACUGUCUCUGGAGUUAUUAGUGACUGCCUGCUAGUUGUGGAAGUGUAGUUGUGAUCUGUCAUUUUCAGCCAUGUUUUACCCUGUCUAGGUCCUCCAUGUGUCUUUAUGACAGGAUCACACGUGUGUACAUGUGAGAGGUCAAAGUUAAAUUGUGUUGAGUGUUCAGCACUUUGUAACUAGCUGUGACAUGAUUGCACCAUGGUAUGUUAAUGAUUUGAAAUUCCCAAUUUUAUACAUGUACUUGAUUCUUAACUGACAGUAUUAUUGUUUCCUAUUAAGUGUUUCCAUUAUCAUUGUACAGUAACAUCAUGGCACCUCUUAACUGUAAUCACUUGAUAACAGCUCAUCUUCAUACAGUUUGGACCCUCCUGCCAUACGCCUUGCCAAUAUUUUGUAGUUUUAUGACAUUUAGCACUGUAUUAAACAUUUGUAUUUACAUUUCCAAGA